CCGGAAGUCAACAGAAAGUUAGUUCUUGAAGAGAAAAUAGAGAGGGUUCUUGCAUUCGGGGCAAGACGAAUUUAUGUCCACUGUACAGCUUGCAGGUCUUGGUGGUGGCAAGUGGAUGUUCGGUCUCCGUACCCUCCUGGGCAUCGGGUUCCUUGUGACAUCGCAGGGAAACAGCAGGGUCUUAUGCCAGAGGGCAUGCACUCUCUCUCAGAGUCUACGCACCCCGGAGUCCUCCUGUAGAGCACUGCACAGCAUGGCACAUCCUGUCAAGUAUCUUGGCCAGAAGGAAGCCCAGGGCAUCGAUGAAGAGCUCUUCUCGGACUAUAGCUUCAGCGUGGACCAGCUCAUGGAGCUCGCUGGACUCAGCUGUGCCACAGCGGUCGCAAAGGCCUAUCCUGUCGAGGCCAUGGUGAAGGCACGUCCCACUGUAUUGAUCAUCUGUGGCCCAGGAAACAACGGAGGAGAUGGCUUGGUCUGUGCACGACACCUUCAACUAUUUGGCUAUGAGCCGUCCAUACUGUACCCCAAGAGGCCGAACAAGCAGCUGUUCAACAACCUGACCAUCCAGUGUGAGAAGAUGGGCAUCUCCUUCCUGUCUGACAUGCCUGAGGCCAAAGUGGUGGAUGAGGCCUACAACCUGGUGGUGGACGCCAUCUUUGGCUUCAGCUUCCAGGGGGCAGUGCGGGAGCCAUUUGGCGCCAUCCUGUCCACACUCAAGAAGAUCACCGUCCCCAUUGCCAGCGUCGACAUACCAUCUGGCUGGGAUGUGGAAAAGGGCAACCCAGACGGCAUCCAGCCGGACAUGCUCAUCUCCCUCACAGCCCCAAAGCAGGCGGCCACCCAGUUCAAGGGACGCUACCACUUCCUCGGCGGGCGCUUUGUGCCCCCCGCCCUGGAGCAGAAGUAUCAACUCAACCUGCCCAAGUACCCUGCCACAGACUGUGUUUACCAGCUCAACUGAGCUCUUUGGGAUUUAUUAUGAUAAACAGGGUUGAAGACAGUCCCACUGAGGAACUUGGUCAAUGCUCUACACAGGGAUGGGCAACUGGAGGCCCAGGGGCCACAUGCAGUCCUCCUCUUUACUCAGUACGGUCCUUAGAUUUUUUUUAAAACCACUACUGAAUAAUCUAUUGUAGUUAUACGGUUGACCGAUAGAGAACACUCCUAUUUCUUACCAACAAUAUCGAGUCAGUGAGCAAGCAACUCUGCGAGUUGCAGUCAGAUCCCUCGUCAUGUGGCCCUCCGAUGGUGGCGAUAAACAAAAAUUGUGGCCCUCAUCAUGAAAGUUGCCCAUCCAUGCUCUACACACUACUUUGUGCCCUUGAAAUGAAAAUCAGGUGUUUUUCCCUGAGUAUGAAGUACAUAUGGUUGAUUCUAGGGAAUAAUGGGGAAAAUGUAUGAUUUUGCGUCCUCUUCCAACCACUUUGUGGUGGUUCACAAAGUCGCAUUCUUUGAGAAAGAAAUAAAACCAAUUUGCCAAAUAUGAA